GCAGUGUCUGAUAAUCAUGGGCUCAGAAUCCAUCUCUCUUUUGGCUUUUUUUGCAUUUUUCAGUACUGCUCACUUUCAUCCAGUCAUUCGUCCAAGCAAUGGGCUUCGUAAAUGCCACAUGAACCUUAGUGCCCCAGCACUUGAGGUUCUCCCUGGUGGAGGCUGGGACAACCUGCGCAACAUCGAUAUGGGCCGAGUGAUGAACCUAAGCUACUUACAAUGCCAGACCACUGAAGAUGGCUUCUAUCUCAUUCCAGAUGAGACAUUUGUUAUUCCGCAGAAGGUGAGCUCAGUGGAGAUGAACUCUGAGAUCAUCAGCUCAUGGCUUGAACAGAAAAGUUCCACUUCGAGAUCGGUCAACGCUGAUGUUUCCUUUGACACACUGCUAAAUGGCAAGUUCUCUACAGAAAACAAACGCAUGAAAACCCAUCAAGUGAAUGAUAAGUCUGUCACAGCACGGGUUGAGGUGCGUAACCAUCUGUACACAGUAAAGGUUUAUCCUGAUUUCACUUUGGAUGCACGUUUUGUCCAACAGGCAGAGGAAAUUGCAGACGCCAUUGUGAACAACCAAACUCGUCUGGCUACCUAUCUGUCAGAAAAGAUGGUGCUUGAAUAUGGUACACAUGUCAUCACAAGUGUGGAUGCUGGUGCUAUUUUGAUGGAAGAGGACUAUUUAAAAUCCUCUUAUGUUACUGAUACACAGACUUCCCAGUCCUCUAUUACAGCAUCGGCUGGUUUCAACUUUUUUAACAAAGCUAAAUUUGAUAUUGGCAGUAAGGAAUCACAAGAAACAUCGGAAACUAGAGCCUACCAGAAUAGUAUUACAUACUCUGUAACACUCAGCCAUGGCGGGGCUUUGUUUUACCCUGGCAUCACUCUACAAAAAUGGCAGGAGAGCACUUUAAACAAUUUAAUUGCCAUUGACCGUAGCGGACUACCAUUACAUUUUUUUCUCAACCCAUCAACAUUCCCAGACCUCCCUCUUCAAACAGUAAAUAAGUUAGCUCUGUCAGUGCGUAAGGCCAUAGAUCGUUAUUACAAAAUUAACACCUAUCCUGGGUGUGUUGAUCCAGAGUCCAAAAAUUUCAACUUCAAAGCCAAUGUGGAUGAUGCAUCCUGUUCAGGUCCAAGCACCAACCUUAGCUUUGGUGGUGUUUACCAAACGUGUACUCUGCUGACUGCUGAUGUAGAUGAUGUUUGUCCGGAACUUCAAGUGAAAAAUCCAGCCACUGGUUCCUAUAGCUGCCAAUAUCCAUACACUGCUAAACUGUUGCUCACUGAUAUUCUGGAAAGGCCAUAUACUUUCACUCAUUGCUGGCCAGAAUGUUCUGGGUGGAUUUGGAAAGAUUGUACAGAGGUAUGUGAAAAUAUAAAUCGUGUUAAAAGUGCAAGGGUCAACACAUAUUGGUGUUCCACUAAUGCUGGAGUUGCAGAAUUCUCAGGAUAUCUCUUUGGUGGUCUAUUUGGCCCUUAUUUACAAAAUCCAUUAACCAACUUCAGAUCCUGUCCUCAGAAUUUCUUUGCUUUGAAAUUUUCAUCCAGUGGCAUUAUGAUCUGUCUAAGCAAUGAUUAUGAGGCAGCAACAACAUUUUCUGUACCCUUUGGAGGUUUCUUUAGCUGUCAGUCUGGCAAUCCACUUGCUGGGAAUCAGUUGCGCUGCCCACCACAGUUUAGCCAACAUCUCCUUGCCAUAAUUGAUGGCUGCCAGGUACUCUACUGCGUUCAGUCACAUAUUUUCACUGGUGGGGAGUUACCCCCCAUCCAUCUACCACCCUUCACAAGACCUCCAUUGAUCAGUAUGAUAGCCACAAACACUGUGUUUGUCAUGAAUGAAGGAGAUCGGGCCUGGAUAAGGGCCAAAGGCACCAAGAUGUGGAAGUUGGCCAAGCCUGAGGACAUCGUGAAAAUCUCCCAACGAUUUAAAGACAAUUAUUCUAAGUCACAGAGCAAAAUGGUUGGCUUAACUUUGGGUGCUGUAGCCUUGAUUGGUUUUGUGGUGACAAUAGCAGUGUUAGUGGUGAGAAAAAGGAAGAAGAUUCUUGUAAGAGGUAGAGGGUACGAGGAGAUUCCUAGUGAAGAACAGUGUGAGACGACUGUAGAAUGACAGACAGAGCAACAAAGACUGAGUCUUACUGACAGUCUUUUGGUAUAACGUUUCUGUUCCUUUACUCAAGCAAACAUUUUCAAACUAUUAUAAUAUGGUAAAUCUCACAAUAUGUAUAAUAAUAGUCCUUCCUUUCUCUAAAUCUAAAAUUAUUAUGCUAAUCUCAUAUUUAGGAUGACAUGGCUAGGGCUACACAAUACCCAGACAGAGCUUGUAAGCCUAAGCGCUUCCAACUUUGUUACAAAAAGUGUGCAUGGAGUUUGCAUGUCCUCCCUGUGCUUGGUGGGUUUCCUCCGGGUACUCCGGUUCCUCCCACAUUCCAAAGACAUGUAUGUUAGGUUAAUUGGUGUUCCCAAAUUGCCUGUAGUGUGUGAAUGGGUGUGUGAGUGUGUGUAUGUGUGUGUGCCCUGCGAUGGAUUGGCACCCUGUCCAGGGUGUACCCUGCCUCGUGCCCUAAGGCUCCUGGGAUAGGCUCCAGGUCUCCGCGACUCUGAAUACAGGAUAAAGCGGUAUAGAAGAUGAGUGAGUGAGUGAGUGAGUGAUCACUGUCAUAGUCAUAUUUUAAAAUACUCAGAUUCCUUUGUAUUAAAAAAUGCAUGACCAACUGGCUAAAGGAAGCAGAUUAAUCAGUUUUAUAAUAUCUUAAUAAAGGUUAAAUUAAAAUGUCUUAAAUGGGACCCGCACUGCAUGCAGUGGCUGGGUAGUAUGGGAUAUGACAACCGGCUAACAGCAGGGUUCGAACACAGAUCCUCAUUCCAAAAAUCAACAACCAAGAGCCUUAGCCACCUGAGCUACCCCUUCUACAGGGUGAAGGUAAUGUAUUCUUGUAAAAAUAGUUUCCCUUUAAGGUAACUUAACCACAAAACUAAUGUUUUAUCCAAAGUUCCAUCUAGAAGCUGUUCUACAUUCUAGAACAAUACUGAAGUCAGCUGUUCUGAAGCAGUUCUUGCAAGAACAGUUUUGUCAAGUAACUAAAUUGUACUGAAUAUUAUGACAUGAAUCCAUUCACGAAAUCUUUAAUUUUUGUUGCCCAAAGCAGAGGAUGUUCACUUUUACAAGAACUGUAAUAAAGGCUAUAUAAUAAACUGCUCGUAAAAACUGAAAGAUCACUUAGCACCGGUUUCACUUGAACAUAUAGACAUACACAGAUAAGCCAUAACAUUACAAUACAAAACGUUAAGCCCAGUAUUGUGUACAGUAGGUUUCCCCCUGUGCCUCGUGGGCAGCUCUGGCCUUUGCAUGACUUCACAAGACCUCUGGAUGAUAGUGGAGGAUUCUUUUGGCGCUGUGGGUUGUGGGGAGGGGACCUCCAUGGAUCAGCUGGUGUUACCAGAUUUUUUUUCUUUCCUUUUUUUGAUGGGUUGUGCUGCAUUGGCCUUUUUCUUGGUUUGGACUGGACAUGCUAGCUUUUACACCCCACAGGCAUAAAUGAGCCUUGGUUGCCCAUGAUCCAGUCACCAGUUCAUUAAAAGAUUAUCCUGUUAUAUAAUUUAUAAUCAAUGUUAAUGAUAUUGCUGAUUGGAAUAUAUAGACAACAUGAAAAAAAUUUUUCCCUUAAUUUUGUAUGCAGUAUAUUUACCCCUUAAGUAAGUUUUAAUGCUUUGAUUUGAUUUUAAACCGAACUCUUCUGUCUUCUGUCAUCAUUUUAUUCAUCUUUUCAGUUAUUUUAAAAUUACUCUUGCCAUUUCAGUUUAUGUUUGUUCUUUUGAAAUUUAUAAGUGUUAUUUGUGGUAAAAACAAACAAACAAACAAACAAACAAACAAACAAACAAACAGAUACAUUAUACAUUAUUCUAACCUUGGGCUACUGCUGGUGCAUCACACAAAAAGACUGAUGAUAAACUGAUUAAAUCUAUAUAAAUAAAAUAAAGGUUUUGUCUUGUUAUUAGUCAGAACCUCGCUCUCUCAAUGAUAUCUUUACAUUUCAGCCAUUGGACGACUCAAAACCAGCCUCAGACAAAAAUCUGUCUGCCUGCUUGUCCAGCCAGAUUUUGUCACAGCAUCACCAUAAAUGAAAUCAAAAUGUUGAGUAAAAGUGAUGUCAUGAACAGUUAUGUGCUGGAUUCAAUAAUCUACUUUAAAAUGUAAACACACACCUGCACCAGCAGAUAUUAAUUGAAAAAGCUAAACUGAAUACUUUUACUGGGAUUAGUUAGUUGUCAUUUUAAGACAAAACA